GAUGUUUAUAGCUUUGGAAAGGUUCUGCUUGAGCUAGUCACUGGAAAGCUGGGUUUAACUGCCACAGAUGAUUCCGCAUUGAACGGUUGGAUGGAAAAUGUGCUGUCUUAUAUUCUCCCUGAUGAUGUGGAAGUUGUUGUAAACAUCAUUGACUCGUCUUUGGUCAGAGCUAAGCAUCUUUUGGCCCAGGCAUGGGCUGUUUCUUUUAUUGCUAAGGCAUGUCUCAGUCCUGAAUCUUCUGAACGACCCCGGAUGGCUCAGAUACAUCUUGCUUUAGAGCAUAUUGAAUCAGCAAGUUUCACUAAUAAAAACCUCAACUUCACCGGUAAUCAUGACUCAGUUAGAUCUGCAGCUAUGGAGAUUGCAAAGAUACUUUGGGGAUGCAAAAUAGUAGGGUGGUUUUGUGAAUGUCCUUAGCAUUUUGAUAAUUUCAAAUGAGAAAUGCCAAAGAUAAAACUAUAUCUUGCAGGGAAGACAGCACGGGCAACUGCUUCUGGAACAACUCUGGGCGGAGGCACUGCCUCAAGGAACCAUCGAAUCUCAGAAGCUAGUGACUUUGAGGAGACCUAUCCAAAGGGGGGGAUCUUCACUCAGCCCAAUUUAACUAUUUUCUAUUAUGCACAACUCAAGGCUGCAAUUAGACAUUUUGGGAGUGAUAUAGGGAUGAGAGAACUGGAAUUUGGGAGAGUAUACCAAGCAUGGCUUCAAGACAAAUCCAAGUCAAUGCAUGGCAAGGGAUCCAUAGUUGCUGUUAGAAAUUUGUUCUCCGAAACUAAGCAGCUAUUAAAGUCCCGUAUAAGCUCACUUGGAAGGCUUUCUCAUCCUAACCUAGUCAAGUUCCUUGGAUAUUGCGAGGACAAAGAGCUAUGUGUUGUCCAUGAAUUUGUGCAAAGUGGCAGCCUAGACAACCAUCUCUUUAGAGCGGGCUCUGAAGUUCAGCCACUUUCCAGGGACACAAGACUUAACAUUCUAAUUGGAGCAGCUCGAGGCCUAGCAUUCUUGCAUGGAACACAGAAGCAAGGUUUUUAUGAAUAUUUCGGUACCUCAGACAUCUUGCUUGAUGGUGCUUACAAUACGAAGAUAUCGGGUUUUGGCACUGCAAAGAUAACCCCUCUAAGUUAUCUCUAUGAUGUACAUCCUAAUUUUUUUAUGAAUGGAAGAUAUGUUGAUGUUUCUCCUGUGAAUGUCUUCCCAGGUGCAAAUGCAGGUUUGUCUACAAAAGGGAGACAGCGGCUUGGUUGGGGUGAAAUCAAUCCAGUUCUGUGCUUUAUGGAUCUCAAAAGAAACACAUUGGAAAAAAUUAUGGACCCAAAGCUAAAAGGCCAAUAUUCUUUUAAAGCUGCACAAAAAUCAGGUUCUCUUGCUUCCAUUUGUCUUCAAUAUGAUCCUGAAUUCAGGCCAUCGAUGAAAGUUGUUGUCAAGGUACUUGAACAUGUUGCAGCUGUUAAGGUGGAAACACAAAAGCCCUGGAUAAAUCAGAAAGCUCAUCAACAUGCCCAACAACUUUAG